AAAAUGGGAUGUGUUUGCAGCAAGCAAUUAGAAGGAAGAAGGCAAGAAGACAUUUCGCUUCUUGCUUCUCAAACCUUUUUUAGCGAGGCUGAGGUUGAAGUUUUGCAUGGAUUGUUCAUCAAACUCACUUCUUGUCUUAGCAACGACAAUCUUUUGACCAAAGAAAAAUUUCAAUUUAUCUUGAUCAAGAAUACCAAAAAGCGCAGUCUUUCUGCAGAACGGAUUUUUGGAUUAUUCGAUAUGAGAAACGAUGGGGCUAUAGAUUUUGGAGAGUUUGUACACACACUCAACAUUUUUCACCCAAACUCAUCACCAAGAGAUAAGGCCAUAUUUGCAUUUAGAUUAUACGAUACUCGUGAGACUGGAUUCAUUGAACCGGAGGAGGUGAAAGAGAUGAUAAUAGACGUUCUAGAGGAAUCAGAACUUAUGCUAUCCGAGAGUAUCAUUGAUUCUAUCGUGUCUAAGACAUUUGAAGAGGCCGAUUGGAAAAAAGAUGGGAUAAUAGAUUUGGAAGAAUGGGAGAAUUUUGUUGCCACCUAUCCUUUGACACUAAAGAACAUGACUAUCCCUUUCUUGAAGUAAUUCGUUUGUUUGUUUUUCCUAACCAUUUUCUUAAUAUUCGCUGAUAAAUUGCAUGUUUUAGAUACAUCUUUCGUUUUACAAAAAAAGUAAUAUAUAUACAUCUUUCAAAAACAGCUUUUAUAUAUGUGUGUUUAUGCAUAUAUUACUAUUAUCUUCUUUUAUUUUAUUUUUCUUGUUUUAUAAAUCGAGAUAAUUAUUCUAAAAUUAACUUUUAUUGUACAGGGACAUUCCGAGGAUUUUCCCAACCUUUCUCCGGUAA